AUGCCGCUGUAUUAUAUUCCGUUUCUAUGUAUAUAUAUUUCAUCAUUUACGUCGACUUUAGAUACUGAUGAAUUAUUUCUAAAUAUAAAAUCAAUAAACAUUUACGUUACUUUUACACAACGAAUGAGCUCUACCGACGAGUCAUACUCGAUGACUUGUUCACUGCCGUCGUCGCUCGAACAAACACCAAUAUCAUCGCUUUCUGCUGCAUCCAGUUAUUCAUCAUUGGUCAAUUAUGAUGAAACAAGCUCACUUGAUCAUGAACAAUUACCUCAACAGCAGCAGCAACAACACUUCGAACGAAAAAUCAAAAAGAACGAUACCAAAUCAGAUACGAAUACGAAAUUAACCAAUGAAUACAACAAUAUCAACAAACGUUCGCCACAUUCAACCUUACUCAGUCGCCAUGUGAAUAGAUUAUGCUCGAUACUUGAAGAUUCCGUUGAAAUUCAUGGUCAAGGAAACUUUCCGGCAUUAAACAUCGUUCCUAAAGAUUUCUUAAUCGAACUCAGACGAGCUUUUCAUGCCAACCACGUUGACAUCAGAGAUAUUCGUCUCAAUGGAGGUGCCGCUUCGUAUGUCCUGACAAAUGAUAAAUUGUUUUCCUACACAGAUAUUGAUUUCGUAUUCCGUUGUGAUUUAUCUUCGGAAUCGACUUGGACUCAAAUAAAAACCACCGUCUGUGAAUGCUUAUCUCAACAAAUUCCAUCGACAUCUUCACAACUAUCUGUUUCGCCCAUAAUCAUUCAAGCAGCAUAUGUCAAAAAAAUAGUACGUGUCAUCAAUCCAUCAAACAAUGAUUCAUGGGCGCUGAUAUCUCUGUACAACAUCAACGGCCAAAAUAUCGAACUAAAGUUCGUUGAUCGAUUGAAACGACAAUUCCAGUUCAGUGUCGACUCAUUUCAAAUCUUACUCGAUCCAUUAAUGGAUUAUUACGAGCGAAUUUCCAAAUACCAACAAUCAAUUAAUAAAAAACAACAAUAUUAUCAUCACGACUAUCGUGCAUCGAAGAGCAAUCGCUAUCCAAACCGUUAUCCGGUCAUACCAGUCGAAUGCUUGUACGGAAGUUUCGAUGCUGCAUUAACACAUCUCAAUCGUCGACAAAUUGUUACCACCUCACCCGAAGGCAUUCACGGCGGUGGUUUACUCAAGUAUUGUCUUCUACUAACACGUGGCUAUCGUCCAUAUGAUAACGGCAUAUCAUCCUGGCAACUUGAAAAGUUAAUGUGCUCACGAUUCUUCAUUGAUUUUGUUGAUGUCAACGAACAAGAGUAUAAAUUAGUCUCAUAUCUAUCAUCACAUUUCUCAAACGACGAUUCCGCGAAGUAUCGUUAUUUGUUACAAUUGAGCACCAUCAUCGAACGCAGCACUGUUUGUCUGAUGGCACAUGAACGAAAUUUAACAUUGACAUUAAUAUCCCAAUUAGCAACGGAAUAUUAUUAUCGACUAUGUGAUGAAUACAAUACAUAUAAUGUAACGACUGCUGAGGUAACUGUGCCGAAUUCGAUUACAAUUGAUGUUAUUUAUCAUAAUGAACUCGACGAAUGGAAAUCUUUAUAUACUCCUUCAAAAAUUCCAUCUCAAUUACAACAGGAAGAGAACUAA